UACAUGAUUUUAAGCUUUAAGUAAAAUUUUUCAUCUUUAAAAUUUAGUACGAUUAUUUAAAUAAUAAACACAUAUUUAAAUAUACUUAUAUUAUAAUUGUACAUAUUAUUAUAACAACUGCUAAGAAAUAUAUUGCAGUGCUUAAUUCUCUUACAUUAUUUAAAAACAAAGAUGUUUUUUAACAAACUAACUAAAGAAUUGACUUCUAGAAAUUUGUAUUUAAUUUUAUCUCGUUGUAAGCAUGUCCAAGCAGCUCGUUAUAAACGUUCUGUAAAAGGUAACAAACCUUUAACUUAUGAAAUGGCAGGCCCACCUCAUACUAUUGCUCAUAUCAAAAGUUGGAAUUCAUGGAAUACAAGUAAUAUGUUAGAUGGUUUGAGACCAGCUGAAACAGCUAUUGAAGAUGAAUUUAUUCGACGGUUUAUUAAUGGUACUUGGCAUGAUUUGAUUGCCUCUGAAAUUAUCAUUAAACGUCAACAUAACAUUAUAAGAAUUGCUGCUAUCGCUGUUCAAAAAAUAAGUGUAACCAAAAUGUAUUUUUUAAUUGGUUACACCGAAGAAAUAUUAAGCUAUUGGUUACAAUGUCCCAUUAAAUUAGAACUUCAAACUGUGGAAGAUCGUGCUCAUGUAGUUUUUAAAUACAUUUAAUUCUGAAGUUUUGUUUAUUUUUUUAUUGCUGUUGUAACUAAUGAGCAAUUAAUAAAAUUAUUGUAUAAAGUAAUAUAGUACAUUAUUUUUAUUAUUAG